GUGAAAAAGUGGGAUUUAUCAAAAUUAUUUUAGUGUAUUUAUAUUUGUGAUGGUUUUUAGGCUCAAAUAAAUUUAUUUGAAACUUUUUGAAGAAAAUGUUAUGUUUUAAGUCGUUCUGAAUAGUUUUAAACCAUGUUGUUUUAAUUUAAGUGAGUUCAAGUUUGUGUGAUUAAAACCAAUUACAUACACCAAAACAUUUAUUUACAAAGUUUCAUCAACAUACACUGGAUAAUAAAUAUUUUCGAUCACAUAAAAGGAGUUAUAGUUUCACAGAUGGUAAUCAUAAGGGCAUACAAAAUGUAGUUGUAAAAUUGUAACUGCAAGGCCGAGACCUUACUACUACGCCACGACACAGGCAUUAGCACGAAGUCGCCCUGUUGCAAGACACUCGACUUGGUUGCAAGAAAAAUCCAGCGUUGCAGAAUGCAUGCAGGGCGAUUCUUGGUACUUAAAAAACAACCCAUCCCCAUACGAAGAAGAUUCAAUAACUCCCCAUCGCAAAAGGCGCAUACGAACUCCCAAAUUUCGCGAAUUGACAAGACAAAAUUCCGGUUACAUCGAUCCAAAUUUUGCAUCUAAAUCUUCCUACAUCGAUUCGAAUACAUACAUUUCACCAGAAUAUUUGCAACCUCAUACAACAUCUCAUAUGGCAAUUGGACCAGUUCCAUCACCCAUGAACAUAAAUAGAGAAGUUAAAUUUACAUCCAAAUAUUUGCAUCCACCUGUGUAUCAAAUUAAAAAUAAUGGUUUGAGACAAGAAGGGACACAGAAUUUAUUGCAAUAUAUGAGGAAUAAAAGACAUAUGCCAGGUCAAUCUGUGAGCACUGUUUUGCAAAAUUUACCAGGAGAUGCACCUCCUCCAAUUUUGCACCAUAUCAGGAAUUAUCAACAAGCCCCAGAUAACAGACAAGAUUUGGUUUCUUAUUCGGAAAAUAAACAACCAAGAGUUGUCCAAAUGACGGCUUGUCCUGUGAUUUAUUGUUAUCCAACAUCUGGUCCUCAAAUUUUUGAUAAACAAGUGGAUUUGAGACAAAUUCCCAACAAUAACCAGAUUGUGAUGCCUGAAGAAAGAGUUAUUUAUGAAGUAGUCAUACCUCCAAAUGUUAUGAAUCGAACUGUUCCUGUACCUGUUAAUUAUUAUAGACAAGGGUAAAUUGGUAAUAAAUUACUCGAAAAAUUUUAAUAUCAAAUCAGAGUAGACAUAGAACUUUCUGAAAAAUGUUGAGGGAAACUUUUAAGGAUUUUGUAAUUUGUUAUAUGUUUGUCGCGGGUCAACGUAUGUUUCUGGAAAUAUGUAAUAAAUUAUAACU